GGUCCCGGCCGCAGCCAUGACCUCGCUGACCCAGCGCAGCUCGGGCCUGGUGCAGCGCCGCACCGAGGCCUCGCGCAGCGCCGCCGACAAGGAGCGGGCUGCCGGCGGUGGAGGGGGCGGCGGCGGCGACGACGAUGAGCAGAGCCGCCGGGACGAGCAGGACGACGACGACAAGGGCGACUCCAAGGAAACCCGACUGACCCUGAUGGAGGAGGUGCUGCUGCUGGGCCUGAAGGACCGAGAGGGCUACACAUCAUUUUGGAAUGAUUGUAUAUCAUCUGGAUUACGAGGUUGUAUGUUAAUUGAAUUAGCUUUGAGAGGGCGAUUGCAACUAGAGGCUUGUGGAAUGAGGCGCAAAAGUCUUUUAACAAGAAAGGUGAUUUGUAAGUCAGAUGCUCCAACUGGGGAUGUUUUACUUGAUGAAGCUUUGAAACACGUUAAGGAAACUCAACCUCCAGAAACAGUCCAGAAUUGGAUCGAACUACUUAGUGGUGAGACAUGGAAUCCGUUAAAAUUGCACUACCAGUUAAGAAAUGUUCGUGAAAGAUUAGCUAAAAACCUGGUGGAAAAAGGUGUACUGACAACAGAGAAACAGAACUUCCUCCUUUUUGACAUGACAACACAUCCACUUACCAACAACAACAUUAAGCAGCGCCUCAUCAAGAAAGUACAAGAAGCUGUUCUUGACAAAUGGGUGAAUGACCCUCAUCGAAUGGACAAGCGUUUGCUGGCUCUUAUUUACCUCGCUCAUGCUUCUGAUGUCCUUGAGAACGCUUUUGCCCCUCUUCUGGAUGAGCAGUAUGAUUUAGCCACAAAGAGAGUGCGACAGCUUCUGGAUUUAGACCCAGAAGUUGAAUGUAUGAAAGCCAACACAAAUGAGGUCUUGUGGGCUGUAGUUGCAGCUUUUACAAAAUAACUGUUGUUGGACUCUUCUUUCAUGUUGUUUCUCUUCUAUUGACUUCUUGUUUUCUGUAAUUGACUUCUUGUUUUCUGUAAUUCGUACUUUCUCACAAUAUGAAUUGGAUCUUGUUUUAAGGAAACAAUAGAUGGCUUUUCCUGUAUGUUGUGUGUGUGCAAGAUUCUGCUGGUACGAGACACCCUCCUAUUUCUGUUAUUAAAAACAAAAGUUUUACUGCCAUAUUGGCAUUCCAUUUACUAUUGAAUUCAAGUUGCUUGCAAUUCUUAAUGUAAAUUUUUGUUCGUUUCUGGUAUGCUUUGACGUUCAAAGUACCUCCACCACCACAUUCACAUCUUUUGGAUUACCUCAUCUUGAGUUGUUCCACAUGUGUAUGUGUCUCUAGCAUUCUACAGUACAAUUCAGACAGAAGUCACAAAAAAGGCCUUUAAUUCACCAAAGGUAAAUAUCUGUAUCUAUUAGAACAUUUUAUACAUAGACCUCAGUUGAGAUGUGUACUUAGCAAAGUUAUUUUUAAAUUAAAACAGCACAUGUAAAAUUCCCCCUUGAAGUUUUGCUUCCAGUGUAAAUCUUCUUGUAUACUAUGGUUUAAUAGUUUAAAAUCAAAACAAAAGCUUGUGUCUAAAAGGUCCGGUUGUUUCAAAUACCAGGUUUGGGAUGAAAUAUGCAUUCCAGUAUAUUCUGUAUAUAAUUUGAAUUGUAUGUUAACAGCUCCCAUCUCCUGACCCUAUUCCUCUCCAUUUAAGUAUUUUGCAAGAUUUAGUUAGUUGUACAUCUGGCGUCUCUCCUUGUUUCAACCAUUGCCAUUUGGUCAAAACCAUGACCUCUUUACUAAGGGGAAGAAAGAGUGAGUGAGUGAGAGAGAGAGAGAGAGAGAGAGAGAAUAUGUGUGUGUGUGUGUGU